CAUCCGCCGGCCGAUCCCCGCAGCUCCAGAAGCAGAAGCAGGACACUCCUCCCACCGCACAGCUCGACCGCAAUGGCGUCGCUCGUCGCCGUCCAGCCGGCCGCCGUAAAGGGCCUCUCCGGCAGCUCCAUCUCCGGCCGCAAGCUCGCCGUCCGGCCCUCCUCCGCCGCCGCCUCCCGCUCCACCCGCAGGGCUCGCGGGGCGGCGGUGGUGGCCAAGUACGGGGAGAAGAGCGUGUACUUCGACCUGGACGACAUCGCCAACACGACGGGGCAGUGGGACCUGUACGGCAGCGACGCGGCGUCGCCCUACAACGGCCUGCAGAGCAAGUUCUUCAACACCUUCGCCGCGCCCUUCACCAAGCGCGGCCUGCUGCUCAAGUUCCUGCUCAUCGGCGGCGGCUCCCUGGUCGCCUACGUCAGCGCAUCCGCCUCCCCCGACCUGCUCCCCAUCAAGAAGGGGCCCCAGCUGCCGCCCACCCCGGGACCACGCGGCAAGAUCUAAAUCUAAUCCUCGCCUCGCCUCGCCUCGUGCUUGUGUACCAUGGAUCCCGUCUGAUCUCAUGGAUCGGAAUCGGAUCCCCCGUAUCCAUGUCUUUCUGUUGAUACUUGAUGCUGUACCUUGUUGCCUACGUGAUGCACACAAUUACUGCUAGAUCAUUUGCUCUUUAA